GACAGAGCCGGAGGACACCGCAGGAUCUACAGCAUUCCCCGCUAAUUUUAAAGAGGGAAACAAGCGACCAUGUCAGCGUGAAGAGGAUAAUCAGACCGUAAAGCUGCAGACUGAGCCUCGUCUGAGUAUCUUACACACUCACAUCCACUAAAGUUUUCCGUCUGCGAUGGAGGCGGACUGUCUGGCCCUGAAGGACCUGGGGGGGGCGAGGAGGACGAUGAGGGAGGACGACGGGGACCACGGAGACCUGAAGGAGAACGUGUACACAGAGAGGAGAAAGUCCACCCCCCAGAAAACGCCGGAACCAGCUCUCCCCGUUCUGCUGAUGAACAGGAAGCCUCGCACGGACGUGACCCCCAUCAAACGCACGGUCCUGGCCGACCCGCUGACGCCCACGGCCAACCUGAAGAUGCUGAUCAGCGCGGCCAGCCCAGACAUCCGGGACCGGGAGAUGAAGAAGGUUCUGUUCAGGCCCAUCGAGAACGACAAGCCCAAGCCCGCCAGCCCAGAUCCGUCUGUGGAGGACGCGGAGGAAGAUUACUGCCAGUUUGAAGCUGUGGACGAGGAAGAAGAUGUGGAGAAAAAGCCAAGCAGGAAGCAAAAGAGUCUUGGUCUGCUUUGCCAGAAGUUCCUGGCCCUUUACCCCGAUUACCCCCCAGCCCAGACCCCCAUCUGGAUCUCCCUGGAUGAAGUGGCCACCAGUCUGGGCGUGGAGCGUCGCCGCAUCUACGACAUCGUGAACGUGCUGGAGUCCCUGACGAUCGUGGGCCGGAUAGCCAAGAACAGCUACACGUGGCACGGGCGCCAGCGUCUGCAGGCCACGCUGGGGGAGCUGCAGCAGGCGGGCCGGCAGCAGGGCUACCGGGCCCAGCUGGACCUGGCCGGGGAGGCCCGGGCUGGCAGGGAGCCGGAGGACGACGGGGGGGACGGAGACGCCGCCACCGCCGGAGCCAACAGGAAGGACAAGUCUCUGCGCAUCAUGAGCCAGAAGUUCGUCAUGCUGUUCCUGGUGUCCAGAACCCAGACGGUUACGCUGGACGCCGCCGCCAAGAUCCUCAUCGAGGAGAGCCAGGACUCGUCCAGCCACAGCAAGUACAAGACUAAGGUGCGGCGUUUGUAUGACAUCGCCAACGUGCUGACCAGCCUGGGCCUCAUCAAAAAGGUCCACGUGCGAGAGGAGAGAGGCAGGAAACCGGCUUUCAAGUGGCUCGGACCCGUGGACUUCAGCAACUCUGGAGGUUCUGGAAGCACUUUGAGCGUGGCGGUGCCGGAACCGGUGCGGGCGGGGACCAACCAGGACCUCCCGGGCCUGACGCUGCCCCAUCACGCCGUCUUCAGCAUCACGCCCACGUCUGUCUCCGUGCAGCAGCAGCAGCAGCAGCAGCAGCAGCAGCAGCUCGGCUCGGCCCCCGCCAGCCCCACCCGUCACCUGACAGGUCUGCCGAACCAGCCGGCUGAUUAUUUACCAAAGAACGUGAGCAGCAGCGCGGCGUGUCCGCUGCAGGCGGGACACAGCACCACCCCCCCCACCCCCCUCCUGCAGGCUCAGCUGACCCAGAGCGUCUCCCUGCCUCCCCCGUCCCCUCACCCGGCCCCCCAGCCCGAGCACUUCCUCCUGUCCCCGUCCCACUGCCUGGCCUACCUGCCCAGCCUGUCCCAGCCCUCCGUGCUCACGCUGUACCAGGUGGAGACGCCCGAGCAGACGCCCCAGGGUCAGAGGUCACCCCUGCUGAACCCCGGGGGGAAGAGGAGGAGCGAGGAGGAGGAAGAAGAGGGACCGGCCAAGAAGAACCAUCGUGGGUUGGAGGACUGGGACACGAUGAGAGUGGACCAGCGAAGGGAAGCAGAGUUUGCACAGAGUGGAAACACCAGGACUCUUUCUGGUGGCCCGUUGGCCACUGAGAGUCCGGGCCACGGCGGGGAACACGUCCAGCCAUCACACUACCUCUACGUACCCAACAACGCAGGAUACAACAACCUGAACCUGCUGAUCUCCGCGGGGCAGCAGUCUGCCGGCGUGGCGCUCCCUCAGAGUGCCCUGCCGGCCAUGGCUCUGCCGUACAUCCUGUUGCCGUCGGCGACGCUGUCCCACUACCCCCUGGUCCAGCAGCAGCAGCAGCAGCACGGCUCUGAGAGCCCCGCCAAGCUGAGCUUCAGCCUGCCCGCCAUGAUGCCCUCCGCCCACUUCAUGGUGGGGGCGGCGCCGUACAGCCUGGGGCCAGGGCCGGGUCCAGGGCCGGGGCCGGCCUCGCCGGAGCAGAGACGGCUGCUCACCCCAGCAGGGGCGCCGCGCUCCCCCCCGGGACCCGGGCAGACCUUCAGCUUCAGCACGCCGGAGACACAACCACUGACGCCAAAGGAACCCCUGUCUUCUUCCAAAGCCUCCUUCCGGACCCCGGGCAGUCUGGGCAGCACCGGUACCGUAGCAGCCGCUCGCAGGAGAGGCUCGGCCCAGAGGAGGCUGGACGUGGAACACCCCGCCGCCGUCUGACCCAGCGCGGCUCCACGGUGGUGAAACAUGGUUAAACAACGUCAGCGCUUCGUCUUCUGGUCACUCAAAGACGCUGCUGCCACUCUGACUGGUGUAACUUGAAGUGAACGCUCUCCUGGAAGGUGAAACUUCCUGGAGAGACAAAAGCCGACAUGAAUAUCAUUUUGUACUGAAUUGUUCCAUUCUGAAAAGAAACGUAUCUGUUCACGUUAACUGUUCAAAUGUGCCUCAUGGUUAGAUUAUGGGAUGUUAUAGUAGAUAGCAGUGCUGAUGUAACACGGCCCUCCAGCAAUGGGAGCUGGUCACUGAUUGGUGUUUCUUUUUUUAUUUCCCCCUUUCAAGACAUGAUCAAAUCAAGCUACUUAAUUCCUCAGCUUUUGUGUAUUAUAGCCCCAUUGUUAUUUAUACUUUAACUAAUAUAUGUUUAUUACAGAGACUGUAAAGGAACAUGUAACAUUGUUUUAUUAGCACUAAGCAUUUAAAAUGAAUGUUUAAUUGUAAAUUGACCCGUGGUUGUCAAUACUGAGCCCCGCCAGACUGAGUUACAUUGAGAAGGUGUAACAGCUGAUCUGCUGCUGAAUAUCAGGCCACGGCCUCUGUGAGGGGAAACGAUCACUAAAGCCUUAAAUGUUUACACGGAGCCGCGAUCUGAACGUUACUGCGUCAGGGAGAGACGUUUGCAGCCCUGGCGGUGUUUCUGAUGAUAAAGGACGAGGUGACGGUGCUCUCAGGUACUAGAGUAGGACCAUGUGAAACACAGUACUGUAAAGAUAAUAACCCAGGGAGAGCAGUCACCUACCAGGAACUCAUAUCAUCGCUUCCACCAGAUGUUUCAUGCCAAAGGGUCCUCAAACAUUUCUGUUUUAUUCCUGUACUUUUAUGGGUUUACAUUGUCCUUCAAAGCUUUCACGUGCGGGUUGUUAAAGUGCUGGUUUUCCUUAUGAAGGGGAUGAUUAUCACAAUCCUCCAGCUAAGAGGUGGUUCCCGCUGAAAGUCUGUUACUGUUCCCCGCCGGGGCUCCGCCGGCUGCACUUCCGGGCCAAACUGGUUUACAAGUGUUUUUACAAACAAAAUA